AUGUCUAGCCGAAAGCCACUCGUUGCCGUCGUUGGAGCGACUGGCACCACCGGUGCAAGCAUCACCAAGGCUCUCCUUGCUUCAGGAGACUUCCGCGUAGCCGUCAUUGUCCGACCCUCGUCUCUCUCCAAGUCCAUAGUCUCUGAGUUCCGUGCUUCUGGCGCAGAAAUCCGCACGGGCGAUGUCCAAGAUGGCAUUGAGAGUCUGAAGAAGACCCUCGAAGGCGCAGAUAUCCUCGUUAGCGCCGUUGUCGCUUGGUCAAUCAAUGAGCAACGCGAUCUCAUACGUGCCGCCAAGGAAGUCCAAGUCCAGCGGGUCGUUCCCUGCGACUUCGGCACACCGGGCGCAAAGGGCGUCCGUGCGCUUCAUGACGAGAAACUAGCCAUCCAUGACUUCAUCAAGGAGCUUGGUGUGCCAUACACGUUCAUCGACGUGGGCUGGUGGAUGCAGCUCUACCUCCCACUUCCCCUGCGCAGCAGAUUGCCGCUGCCUUUGAAGGAGAUGACGUGGAAGAUCUACGGAGACGGCGAAGCACGCAACCUCCUGACGAACAACCAGAAUAUCGGCAAAUACGUCGCGCGCAUCCUCGCGGACAUGAGAACAUUAAACCACUCGGUGAUCGUAUGGGAAGACGAAGUUAGCCAGGCCGAAGCACACGCGUUCGGCGAGAGGCUUUCCGGCGAGGGGGAUGCGCUCAAAGAGAAGCGGAUAGUCGCUACCAAGGAAGAUUACCUGUCCGCGGCGGCAGCAGCCAAGGAGGUCCUAGCCAAGGAUCCAAGUGACAGCGGGGCACAUAUGAUCGAGUCCUGGAACGAGUAUCAGGUCAGUAUGUACGUCCUAAGGGAAAAUACACUCGAGAACGCGAAGAGACUUGGGUACCUGGACGUGCGAGAGUUGUAUCCCAACAUCACUCCACUUCCAUUCGAGGAAUAUGCAAAGCAGUUCUACGCCGGGGAGGAUCCUGGCGACGCGUGGUCCAGGGCUUAG